UUCUGUCUAUGAGCGUCACAGAAUGAAGAAAAGGGAGAGAGAGAGAGAGACAUACUGUGGCCAGGGCCACAGGCAGAAAAACAGAGCGAAAGCGAGCCCCAGACCCGCACGCAUACACAUACAAUACACCUAACCACACGUGCAUGUACAUAUAUGUAUAUAUAGCAAAAGAAAAAUCUUGAACUAUGCAUUUGACAUACGAAAUGCUAUUUUUUUCGUCCCUAUACAUGCAUAUAUGUACAAUUGUAUGAAUGUGCACACACAUCUACUGCGCCGCUAAUACGAUAUACAUGCAAAUGUAUGUCAAUGUAUAUGUAUAGCUUCAUAUAGUUCCUAUAUAUACAUACAUAUCUUUAUUCACCUACUGUACCACUUCCAUUAUGUAAGCAGAGCGGGAACGACGCCAAAAAGCGACAAGAAACAACAAAGAAAAAACUACAAGAAACCCAAAAAAAACAAAGCAAAGAACCCAUCACAUAACCGAAAAUCAAUCGAACAGAAAUGUUAUAAAUCACUAAAAGUUGUAAAUGUUCCAUCAAAACAAAUCGUUGAUAAACUUUAAGGUUAGAAUUUAUUGAUACAAAAAAUGUCGUCAUCGACUGUGGCCGUGAUUGAUUUGGCCGAGGAUCUUGAGGAUGGCGAAAUCGAUGAUGAUGAGGAGGAGGAGGAACCGCCACCGCAACAACAAAAAGAACAGCACCAACAGAAGACCCAAAACAACGACGAUGAAGUGCAGUUUGUGGGCAUCGAAAUGGCUGGCCAGAACAAAAAGAAUUGCGACGAGGAUGUGGUCUUUAUGGGCCUCGCCAUGGAUGUGGGUGGGUCGCCCAUCAAUAGCAAGCCAAAAAAGCCACGCCCUCUCGAAGAUGAUCAUGCUUCCAACAUCGAGAAUGCCAUUGCCAAUGCACUGAAAAAAAAGGGCAUUGAACCGCCCAUGCCCAAGAUGAGAUCCCUGCAUAGUGAGACGUCGGCCACCGGCGUCGAGGGCGGCGCUGGUGAAGGUCCUGGUGGAGAUCCACUGACCGCUGUAUGGACAGCCAGUCGUGGCAACAGACGCCGCAAUCGCCAAAAAAAGAAGCGUGAACGCGAGAAAAAGGAUCAAGAGCAACAAAAACGCGCCCGUCGCGAUGAUGACGAUCUUGCUGUCGGUGGAGGGGCCAGCGAUGACAUGGACAUGGAGUACGAGAUGAUGAAUGUGCGCGGUGGCAGUCCCCCGCCCCCAGGACCGACAAGCACAAGUGCGUCCAGCCAGCCGGGGGUUUCGGGUGCUGGUGGUGGCGGCUAUGAUUCCGCCCAGGAUAUGUACAGCAGCUACGAUUCCUAUUCAGAUGAGGAUGGCCCUGCUGCCGGCAGCCAGAGGCGUCGCCAGCGCAGAGAUCGCGAUAAGGAUCAACGGGGGGGACGCAAGCGUCGCGAUCGCGAUCGUGAUCGUGACCAGGAUCGUCGACAGGGUGAUGGCGGCGGAGGAGGUGGAUCUGCCAGCAAACGUAGCCGCCGCGACUCUGGCGACAGCCCAGUGACCGAAAAAUCCGGCCGCGUCGAGCCCCGCAAAUUGGAGCUGUGCAAAUUCUAUUUAAUGGAUUGCUGCGCGAAGCGUGACAAGUGCUCCUACAUGCACAAGGAGUUUCCCUGCAAAUAUUACUACUUGGGCAUGGAGUGCUUUGCCGGCGACGAGUGUUUGUUCCAUCACGGCGAGCCUCUGUCGGAGCAGCUGCGCAACAUACUGCUCAAGCACAUGGAGACGGCACCUAAGGAGAUACUCGGCGACUUUAAGCGCAUCUCCCGUGAGGUGGCCCUGGGGCAAAUGACCCGACGCCAUGAAGCGCUCUGUGAGCAGUUUGGACGCGACAACAAUUGGACCACGCUGGCCAGUGCCGGUGUGUGUCGCCGUAUAGAUCAGCAGCUCCCACAGCAACAGCAGAAGAAUCUGCAACAACAGCAGCAGCAACAGCAACAAUUGCAGCAACAACAACAGCAGCUUCAGCAACAGCAACAGGCACUGGCUCUACAAACAGAACAGCAGCUGGGAGGGUCCAUCCCAUCUCUCCUAGACAUGGUCAUCAAUCCACCCGCCGUAAAUGAAUCCAAGCCGGAAAAGAAGCGCAAAUCCCGCUGGGCUGAAAAGGCUGAAAAGCCCAAGGGAGGAGCAGCAGCAGCUGGAGGAGAAGCAGAUGCAGCAGCAGCAACAUCACCAGAAGUUUCUGCAGAAACCACAGGCGAAGAAGAUCCCAUCAAAGCAGCUACCACCAAGGUGCUGUCUCCACAUUUAGAUCUAGUGAAUCUCAAGGAUCUGCUACCCGCCGACCAUAUGGCAAAGCUGAAAAAGCUGGGCAUCAGCAAUCUAGAGCAGAUGCUCGAAGUGCCCUUUGGCCAGCUGACGGAGGUGGGACUGACGCUCCCCGAGAUUGGGGAUAUACAGCGCAAGGCAUUGGAGGCCAAGGAAAAGGCAGAGAUCAAGUCAGAGCCAGAGGCAGCAGCAGCAGCAGGAACAACAGCAGCUAGCAGCAGCAACUCCAACAGCAAUAAUGGUUUUAUUAUGGUCGACUACACUCAGUAUCUAAAGGAUGCCCAUGUUAGCUUCACCAGCAACGAUCCACUUGACGAUGAUCGCGACGAUGAGGAGCAGCUGGUGAUUGAUGAUGGCAACGAUUCGGCGGGGGAGGAAGAGGAGGCGGCAUCAUCACCGAAGGAAGACGAGGCACCACCAAUGCCAUCCGUCUUUGAUUUGCCCACAUUUAUGAGCAACAUGAUCGGCGCGAAGCCAGUCCGCCUCUCACCAGAGACACAGCGGCAGCCCACCACCACACAGAGUGCCACCUCUCCCUCACAAGGCUCAAACGAUUCGACUGGAGCGGGAGUGGGAGUGGAAGCUGUUGCUGGAGCAGCAACAGCAAAGGAAGAACCAGAGAGUGUCAACGAUGCGAAUAGCCUGUUCAGUCGUCUACUGUUUGGGGACAAGCCACCUGAUCCUGUGACCCGCGCGGCCUUCUAUCGCGACAUCAUACGCAAUCCGUUCAAGGCACACAGCGGUGACGGUGACGGGGACGUGGACUCUGCCAAUGAGAACUCAAACUCGAAUUCCAGAUCUCUGACGCCCACGCCAACACCCGAACCGGGAUCACAGUCGCCCAAACAGUCGCUCGAUAUGCCCACAACGAUGCCCAUGGCAAUGGCAAUGACAAUGAAGCUGCCAUCGCUCGUCAAGUCGGAGCCAGAGCAAGCGCCCACGCCCUCACAAUACGAGCGCCCCUCCCUAUACGACUACGAUAAGGUGAAGGAGGAGAAGCGUGAGGCAGCUAACCGUCUUGAGGCCAAGUCAAGUGCGAUCCUGCAGCGUGACAUUGAUAUGCGUCUGCCGUUCGAGCCGAUACGUCACUACCGUCCAGCCACCGAGAUAGAUGCGGCCAUCUUUUCGCACAUGCCCAUGCGUUGGGAGGUAAACGAAGUGGAGGUGGAGGAGCCAAACUUUACCCAGCUACGUCUGGGUGCCGCCCACAAGGAGGACAAGGAGGUGCGCGAUCCACGCAUGCGUCGCAUUCUUGGACUGCCCGACCAUUUGUAUGCGACCGAGGAGUCCCAGUAUGGUGAAUCGUCAUUGAAUCGUUCCAACAGUUAUCUCUCAUCGCCCGAAUCCGGGCCCAGAUCACCAAUGGGACGCGAUGCCACACCCACAUCGCCACCACCGCCAAGCUUCGGUCUUGGUCUUCCAUCGAUGAGUGUGCCACCGCCAUCGAUGAGCCUGCCGCCACCCAAUCUGCUGUUAGCUGCCAAUAAGGCUGCUGGCGGUGUCCUCCCAUUAGCGACAAACGUACGCGCAGAUCCGCGUCGUGAUCCCCGCCGUUCCCAUUUGCAGGCCCAAUCAGCGAGCACUUCUUCCGGCUCGCCCAUAGGCACGGUGACGGCCACUGCCACUGCCACCACCAAUGCCACUGGUGGCACCACACAGAUCUCCGAGAUACGCAGCAUAUUGCAGAACUCCAGCUGGUACAAGGAUCUGGGGAGCAACAACAAGAUAAUGGUCAACCAGCAGUUGGCUCUGGUCUUCACCGAACUGAAGAAGUACCACCAGCAGCCAGACGGUGGCUGCAAGACCUUCGAUGUCUCCUUCAUUGUGAACAACCAGACGCUGCAGCAGAUCUUUUCCAAGCUGGGCAUAUAUAUUGAUGAUAAUGGACAGGUGGUACAUCUGGCCGAUGAUCAGCCAGUCCAGAACAUGAUCGCCAGCAUGGCCAUGGGUCCCGCUGGAGUUGGAGUCGUGCUACCUAACCUAUCGCAGCCGCCGCCAAAUCUUGCCCAAUUGCUGCGCCAACCUCCGCCAAAUCUACUCGCCGGACGACUAUCCAAUGGCAUGAUGAUGCAACAGAUCGGCAUGCCCCAGCAGUUCAAUCAGCCACCGCCACGACCCAAUGUUGGCAUGGGUGGCAUGAUGGGUGGCGGUGUAAUGGGUAAUAAUGUUGGCAAUGGCAUUGCCGGGCAACUCGGCGGCCUCAUGGGCAAUGCCAACAACAUGAAUAAUAACAACAGCAACAAUCCGUUCAAUCCAUUCGCUGGUAACAAUGGUGGCGGUGGUGGAGGAGGUGUAGGUGUAGGUGGAGUUGGGAACGGAAAUGGAAACGGAAACGGAGGCGGUGGCAUGGGAAAUAUCAAUCAAAUGAACAACAACCUCAACAACAUGGUUAUGGGUGGUAUGCCGUUUAACAAUGGCAUGUCCUUUAAUAAUAACAACAACAAGAACUUUAAUAACAACCAUAACAAUGGUGGUGGAGGUGGAGGCGGAGGCGGAGGAGGAGGACGCUUUUCUGGUGGCGGCCACAACAAUCGGAACAGUCGCGGUGGAAACAACCGACAUCGCAACAACAUUUAAGUCGAUCAAAAGAAUGGAUUCAACAACAAACAAACAAAAAAGACUUGUUCAAUACCAAAUGAUGGACCCAACCCGCGUCCCUGCCUUGGCCCACGGCCCCACCUUCCGCAUGUGAUUCUUCCCCAAACUCAUCAACUGACCAUUGGGGACCUCUGGGAUCUUUACCCAGACCUCCAAAAAAAAAAAA